AAUUCCAUCAGUCUCUUCUAUCAAGGUAUAAUAGUAUAACAGAUAAACACCACUUCGCCACAAUGUCUGGUCCUGCUUCUUCCGCCGCCGGCGCUCGGGUAUCGAGCAAGUUUGCCUCGUUCAUGAACCACCCUGCCGGGCCCAAGACCAUCUUCUUCUGGGCUCCUCUCGCCAAAUGGGCUCUGGUAGCCGCUGGUCUCAAAGACCUCUCUCGACCCGCCGACAAGCUCUCGGCACCCCAGAACUUGGCGUUGGCAGCUACCGGUUUCAUCUGGGUCAGGUAUUCGUUGGUCAUCACGCCGGUCAACUAUAGUUUGGCUGCUGUCAACUUCUUUGUCGGCGCUACCGGUGUUGGACAGCUCUACAGAAUCUGGGAUUACCGAAGGACACACCCGAUCGAGACCGCCGUCAAGGACAAGGUCGCUCCCGCCUAGAUCUGAACCCAGACUCCGUUCAGGUUUCACGUCGCUCCCGUGUACGACGCCCGGUUCGUCGAGCGGGAUACUGGUCGAGAACGUCUUUUUGUUUCGCUUGUCUCAUAUGUGCUUGUAUCGAUUCUAUGAAAUUAUGCUACAGAUAUCCUCAACAAUUCAGCUCGUAUAGGCAUGCCGCAGAUGGCUGUGACAGCCUUUUUUUGCACUUCUCUAAAGCAGCUCAACACCUCCCGGCCUUCCCGAUGUCCCCCAUCGCUCUCAUAGCUGACUUUUGAUCAAGUCAUAGUAAAGUGCUUGUUUCUCUACCAGAUCAUCAUGUGUCCCUUGUUCCACCAGCUUCCCCUCUGCAAUGACAAAGAUAUGAUCGGCAUUUCGAAUCGAUUGUAGCUUGUGUGCGACCACAACCACAGUGCUGCGGAAUAAAUGCUAUUAGCAGUU